AUGAAUGCCGAAAUCGCGGCCGGAAAACCAACCGCCCGUCCGUUACGUAGCGUGGGAGCCGCGAGCUCAACCCCGAAGCAAGCGACAGUCUUGCCCCGUGAAUACGACACGGACGACGAAUACAUUGAGAAGGAUUCGGACGAUGAGGACGAUGCUGCCGGCUCCGAUCGCGACGAUGCCGUUGCCGCCUGGCACGGCAUCGCUGAAUACAACGGCCCUGAUCAGGACGAUGCAACAGCUGCUCAAGCCGAUCACGAUCAAUCUGCGGCUGCCUCGCGCUCUGACGGGAAGCGGAAGGGAAAGUCUGCAGUGCGCAGCCCUGCUAAGGUGAACAGCAGCCCGGGGCCUGGCGCUCGUAUUGAGUGGACGCUGAAGGAGUCGACCAUCCUAGUUGCAGCUCGUUGGUUCACGAAGGACGAGCUGCAGCAGAUGACUGGGAAGCAAGGCUCCCAAUACUGGCUGCGUCUCUGCGAGCACAUUAAGCUCCAGCACCCCGACUGGAGCCGCAACGCUACCGCGUGCACCAACCAGUGGAAACGGUUGAAGGCCUUGUGGAAGCAGGUGACGAAGGGGGACUCUGCGUCGGGUGGGGCAACUGUCAUCAAGCCCCCGUGGUGGGAGUGGAUGGUCCUUUUCUAUAAGGACACUGCAGCGGCGGACCCGCACGCACUGGAUGGUGGCGGUGCUGACGACGUUACCGUCGAUCCAGGCCUGAACAUCCCUAAGCCCGCGAAAACCGACGCUACGACUACAACAUGCCGCGGCACACCCCCGAGCGCAAAACGUCGCAUCAACGAGACAGCAACUAUGGCGGCUGCUCAACUUUUGGCCGACACUCUCACGCGAUGCUCAGAGGAGGGUGUCUCCCAGAUCACCGGAGUAAUCCGGGAGUGGAUGGCAAGCCAGCAGUCUCAAACUAGUCGCCCGCUUCGCUUCUCCCGCGGACGUGCUGGCGGUGACAACGCAUGGCCGGACGCAGACAAUGCCACGCUCAGCGACGAGGUUGAGGAGUGGCGGUGCUGA